CUGGUGGCCCGGGCCGAGGAGCUUUAACGUGGGGGCCGGGCUGCAGGGUCUCGUGCACAGGCCUGCCCCAGCCACUGCAGGUCAUGAGAGGAGUGUGAAUAACUCACACCGGCUUUCCUUCCUCUCCUCCUCCUCAUCCUGCUGCUUCUUCUGCUGCUGCUUCUGCCCAAAACCUGCCGCUACCUGCUCUGCUGGACCAGACGCACCUGUGCCUCGCUUGCUGAGGGUUGCGGACAUGGCGCUGCACCGUUUCAGCAACACACGGACGUGGGCGUGCCAGCGGGUGACGGUGGGAUGUGUGACACGCUUGGCUCUCAUCGUGAUGCUCUGUGCUCCUGCUCUCGCACAGCUGGACCUCAACAGAUUAGAUGGCGACACUGUGUGCCCGACCAUGAGAAACGGACAAGAUGACCUUCCAGGGUUUGACCUGAUCACGCAGUUCCAGUUGGAUGUGAUUCCACUGAAAGGUGUGAGGAAGGUGGAGGGAUCUACUCCUACUCAGGUGGCUUACAGACUGGACAGAGAGGCCAACUUCCAGAUUCCAACCAGGCUGAACUUCCCGAGAGGUUUCCCGGAGGAGUUCUCUUUCAUGACCACGUUCCGCAUGAUCAAGAACACGGUGAAUAAGGUGUGGAACCUGUGGCAGGUGGUGGACGAGGAUGGGCUGAAGCAGGCUGGGAUGAGGCUGAACGGAGACCAGCAGGCCCUGGAGUUCUUCCUGACCACCAUGGAUGGAGACCUGCAGACCGUCACCUUCCCAGGCCUGUCCGUGCUCUUCAACACCAAGUGGCAUAAGGUGAUGAUCGGCGUGGAGAGUGAGCUGGUCACCCUGUACGUCGACUGCCAGCCCGUCGACCAGAAGCCAAUCAAGAGCAAGGGAUAUGUCAACACUGAGGGAGACACUCUGAUUGGACGUCUGGACACAGACCCAAACACCUCUGUCGUGUUUGAGUUGCAGUGGAUGCUGAUUCACUGUGACCCAAAGCGAGCUCAGAGAGAGAGCUGCACUGAGCUUCCCAUGUCUGAGAUGUAUGCCAAUGCUGAGCCGGACCCAAAGCCAAUCCCUGGACCUGCUGGACCUCAGGGCCCUCCAGGGCCUCGGGGACCUUCAGGAGAAGACGGUCGUGAUGGAAGAGAUGGUCUUCCGGGGACCCCGGGAUCUACAGGUGCACCUGGCAGUAAAGGAGAGCCGGGUGAGAUCGGCCUGCCGGGCCAGAGAGGCCUACCGGGACUGCCAGGAUCAGUUGGGCCCAUGGGACCAAUGGGACCACGGGGACCAGUGGGAGAGAGGGGUCUACAAGGAUUCCCAGGACCAGCCGGACCCCCAGGACCUGAGACUGUUGGAGCGCCUGGAUCUCCCGGUAAACCUGGCAUCCCAGGAGACGAGGGGAACAUCGGCCCUGAGGGACCUCCUGGACCAAGAGGAUCCAACGGACUUCCAGGACCUCCAGGCCCACCAGGACCCCCUGGACCUGCAGGGUCUGGUGGUGCUGGGAAUCCUGAAGGAAGCGGGGAGACUUGUCAGACGAUGUGUCCUGCUGGACCUCAGGGACUUCCAGGGCUUCCAGGCAUGAAGGGACACAGGGGGCUCCCAGGUGUGGACGGGUUGCCAGGUGCUGUGGGUGAAAAGGGAGAUUCAGGAGUGGCUGGAGAGCCCGGUCCUCCAGGACGUCCAGGAGAGGAUGGUCAGAGAGGACCUAUUGGAUACCCUGGAGACCAUGGAGAUAAGGGAGAUCGGGGACCUCCUGGUUUCAACGGUAUUCCUGGACCCACCGGACCUCCAGGAGCUCCAGGUGUUGAAGGAAUCCGAGGACGUGAUGGACAUCCUGGACCUAAGGGUGAUGAUGGUGCAGCUGGUCCUUCAGGACAGAGAGGAGCUACAGGACUUAAAGGAGACACGGGAGAGCCAGGGAAGAACGGAGCAGAUGGUCCUGUUGGUCUUCCAGGAGAGAAGGGGGAACCUGGAUUGCCUGGAGCCGUUGGAGUCAGAGGCAUUGUGGGAAUUCCAGGGUUACCAGGAAAGCAAGGACUUGUGGGAGCUGUUGGUCAGAAGGGUGACACUGGAGCUGAAGGUGCUGUAGGUCCAGCUGGCAUCCCUGGAAAACCUGGUGAAACUGGAGCUCCUGGACAGGAUGGAGUCCCUGGAGCCAAAGGAGCCACUGGUGAGACAGGAAAGCAGGGUCCAGUUGGCGCCACAGGAGCCCAGGGCCCCACGGGUGAGAAAGGAGAUCGGGGUAUGAUGGGUCCUCGUGGAAUCAAAGGUCACACAGGUCACAAAGGAGAUCAGGGUCCCAUAGGUCCAGUUGGUCCUAAAGGAAGUGAGGGUGACCCCGGUGUUAAUGGAGAGCCAGGUAUUAAAGGUGACCAGGGUCCCCCAGGUAUCACAGGACUCAAAGGAAUGCAAGGAGAGAAAGGACACAGAGGACCUACAGGAGCCGACGGACGUCCAGGACAGCCGGGGCACGAGGGGCUGGCCGGACCCCAGGGGGCCAGAGGCCUGGAGGGGGAGCGAGGACAGCCGGGACCCCCAGGACCCCGAGGAUUCCCUGGUCCCAAAUUUAGUGAUGAGAAGAUCCGGGAACUCUGUGCAGCAGUCGUUGAAGAACAUCUAGAUGCCUAUAAGAAAGAACUGGCCAAGAAGCCUCUUCCUCUGGGAGCUCCAGGUAAACCAGGUGUAGCAGGACCACCCGGACCCCCCGGACCUGCAGGAGCUGAUGGAGUAGUAGGACCCCAGGGAAUGCCGGGCCCUCAGGGGCCUCCAGGGUUUUACGGACUUCCAGGAAAGCAGGGACCUAAAGGUGAUCCAGGAGUUAAAGGUGAUAAGGGAGAUAAGGGAGUUGGAAUCCCAGGAACCCAUGGAGAACCAGGACCACAAGGACCUCCUGGGAAGCCUGGAAUUGGUAAAGAUGGCCAAAAUGGCGCCAGAGGAGAAGCAGGAACGCCCGGUAUCCCAGGAACCCCUGGAACCAGAGGACCAGCAGGACCUCCAGGCCUCUGCGACCCCUCAAACUGCUUCAGACCCCAACCCCUCUACGUCGUCGGUGGAAAGAAGCCCCUCAAUAUUAAGGGCCCAUGAACUUGGUGAAAGAUCUUGAAAGAAACCGUCAUCCAUCAUCAUUAAUCUUCAUCAUCAUUAUCAUCUCCAUCAUCAAACAGCCGACUGUGUGGAUCUGCGUCCAAUAAACCUGAAGAGACUCCAUGAGAUGUUCCAGGUGAAGCUGCAUAAAUGGAGGAACCUUCAGACCUUCAGCUGCAUAAAGACUUUCAAUCUCCACGAAGACAAACCCAUAUUGAUUAUUGAUUAUCCAGAGUGCAGUUAUAGCUGCGGUGAUGUACGAUGUACAUACAGGGGGACAGGUGUUUCCAUUUUCAUACCACAAGCUGGGAAUCAGGUGAUCAGCUGUAAACCAAAGCCUGUUGUGAAAUAAUAAUUUUGGAGGGUGGGAAGUUUUUUUUUUUUUGUCGAUUUACAUUUUUUACAAAAUUUCAAAAAGUGCCCAAUAAAGCAAUUGUAAUUUUUGCAUGUUUGCGCUUCUACGAUUUGUUUGAUAAUAAAUGUGAUAAAUCAGAAAGGAUAAUGGCAUACGUGGAUCAAUGCUACCAGAGACUAAGCUAAAGUAAACUCAAGUUCACCUAACAUCAUCAAUCUCUGUGGUUCAAUGACUGGAACAAUUCUGAAAUAAAAAUUUCUCCAUCUCCCGGAAA